UCUCUCCCCAGAGCGACAGGGCCCAGAGAGCCGUGGGCCUCACCAUGCUGGCGCCGGGCAGCAGCCCUGAGCAGAGGGGCAGGCUGGCCCUGCAGUGGAGGCAGGUCUCCUGGAUCACCUGCUGGAUCGCCCUGUAUGCCGCGGAGGCCCUCCCCACCUGCCCUUUCUCCUGCAAGUGUGACAGCCGCAGCCUGGAGGUGGACUGCAGUGGCCUAGGCCUCACCACGGUGCCCCCAGAUGUGCCCGCGGCCACCCGAACCCUCUUGCUCUUGAACAAUAAGCUGAGUGCCCUGCCAAGCUGGGCUUUCGCCAACCUGUCCAGCCUGCAGCGGCUGGACCUGUCCAACAACUUCCUGGACCAGCUGCCCCACUCCAUUUUCGGGGACCUGACGAAUCUGACUGAGCUGCAGCUACGCAAUAACAGCAUCAGGACCCUGGACAGGGACCUGCUGCGACACGCGCCGCUGCUCCGCCACCUGGACCUGUCCAUCAAUGGCCUGGCCCAGCUGCCCCCUGGCCUUUUUGACGGCCUCCUGGCUCUGCGUUCCCUCUCGCUUCGCUCCAACCGUCUGCAGAACCUGGACCGGCUGACAUUUGAACCUCUAGCGAACCUGCAGCUGCUGCAGGUGGGAGAUAACCCCUGGGAGUGUGACUGUAACCUGCGUGAGUUCAAACACUGGAUGGAGUGGUUCUCCUACCGAGGGGGGCGCCUGGACCAGCUUGCCUGCACCCUGCCCAAGGAGCUGAGGGGGAAGGACAUGCGGAUGGUCCCCAUGGAGAUGUUCAACUACUGCUCCCAGCUGGAGGACGAGAAUAGCUCAGCUGGGCUGGAUAUUCCUGGGCCACCCUGCACCAAGGCCAGUCCAGAGCCUGCUAAGCCCAAGCCCGGGGCUGAGCCAGAGCCGGAGCCCGGCACAGCCUGCCCACAGAAGCAGAGGCACCGGCCGGUGAGCGUGAGGCGAGCCAUGGGCACGGUGAUCAUCGCAGGGGUCGUCUGCGGCAUCGUCUGCAUCAUGAUGGUGGUGGCCGCUGCCUAUGGCUGCAUCUACGCCUCCCUCAUGGCCAAGUACCACCGGGAGCUCAAAAAGCGCCAGCCCCUGAUGGGGGACCCCGAGGGCGAGCACGAGGACCAGAAGCAGAUCUCUUCUGUGGCCUGAGCGCCCACUCCCACCUGGCCAGGUAGGAAGGGCGGGGAGAGCACGCGGCUUUGCUCUGCCACAGCCUCCACCUUGACCCGGCGCUGGCCACUGCCUCCCCAGUCCACUCUCCUCCCCGCCCUCCAGCAGACAAGCCACAGCAGGCUCUCUCCCUGCACUUUCGAGGCUCCCUGGAAGCCGCCGUGCUGGGGGCUCCUGCGGAUGCUCCUCUUGGAGCCAGUACAUCUUUGGAACAUCUGGGGGAAUCUCCCUAAGCUCUGGCCACGGCAAAGCAAGGAGGUGUGUGCAAGAGGAGGCUUCUGGACUGAGCAUUCCCCUGUUGCCCUUCCUGCCCUGGGGUGGCCACAGCUGGUGACUCUUCCUACCUUGCUGGUACCACCUUACCUGCAUUGAGGGGACGGGGAGGGAAGGAUCUGAGGGAUGAAGGUAGAUUUCUGAGACUCUCUCCUAAGCCAGAAAGACGUUCUUCACACCCCUGCGGUGUGAAAGCUGGCCCAGCUCUACAACUGUUGGUACCAAUGUGCAAACACACCAGCCCUGCCAUCUGGACCCAGCACUCAGAAACACCACACACCCCUGGCCGACGCCAUCACGCCCCUGGAUCUGCUAUAGGCCACACUGACCACAUGCUCCUGGAUUCGCUGAUUGACUCACUCACACACCAUUGCAUCACCAGUGCCGUCACACGGAUUGAAAGAACGCACACAGACACACACACACACACACACACACACGGUCACAUGGAGAUGGAGGCUACGAGCACUCGGACAGCAGAAACAUGCUCUUCCCUGGGGGCCUCCCUGAGAUCACAGAGCCGCUCGCUUGCUCACUGCAAUCUUCUCAACAGCGGGAAGGAACUCAACCAGUAACACCAGGAUCCUUUGAGAUCCUCUAAAGUGGGCCAAAGUGGUGCCACUGGAGCAGACUUCCUGUCACCAUGGUAACCCUCUCACACCUCUCCUGCUGGGCUUUCCCGGGACACCCCCCAGGGGCCUGGAGCGGCUGCAUGUGUGCAUGGCGGCCUCCUGAGAAUCCAGCCACACACCACUGGUGUUGCCUCGGUCCUGCCCACGCACAUCACAGCACCAUGCCCUGUGGGGGCCCCCACCGAUUCCUCCACAGCCUGCAGCCUGGCACCGUGACUCUGUGCCUCUCACCCUCCAUCUUCAGUACUCCUGGCCUGUGACUUCAGGGCUGGGACUUGGUGGUGCUUUGCCAUUGGUGGCACCCUCUGGGGAGAGCAGGUGGCAGGCAGAGAACACGGUGGCUCCCCCGAGGCUCGCUGCCUGCCAGCUUAUCGCAGCCAGAGCCCGGGAGCGGGAGCGGGUGGCCACAUGCUGCCCAGAGGCUCCCAGGAUGGGGCCUCUGUUCCGGGCUUUGUCCGCUCAGCGUGGCUCCCCAGAGCACUUCCUUGCACCCAGGCGGGAGCCACACCAGGGAGUGGGUGGGAGCCUAUCUGGGACGGAGCCACCUGCUGCCAAGGCAGUGCAGGUUUUCCAGGUUACUUGUCCCCCUCCCCAGCUCCGUCCCUCCUCAGAGUGUGAUGACGGUGGGUACCUAGGUGUCGGGCUCACAGGCUCAGGAGGCAUCAGGCUCGUCUCUGGUCUGGUCUUGGAUGGAAUCUCGAUGGGGGCUCAGGAAGAGGCCAGCCAGAACCCUGAAGCCAAGGGUCUGAGCAGAGGGAGUUGGCAGGCCUAGCUCCUGUGACCCCCUCUGAGCCUCCCUGCUCAUGCGGCAGUGGGUGAGUGAGGUGGGCUGGGGGCCCGGAGGAGUGCCUUUGAGGAGGUCGGUCCUGGCAGGUGGACAGAGGACGCCUGGCGUGGGCUACUUCCUGGGACCCUGGGCCACCCCGGCCGCAGCCACAGUCUUCCUUCUUCUUUUGGUGUGGGGGCUGGUACCAGAUCUGGGGAUUUUCUAAAGGGACUGGGGGAGGGGAGGGCAUUGUCAAUGGUGGUAUCUUUAGCCUGAGACAGAAGAUUUUUAAAGGCAAAAUUAUAUUUCUGGUUUGUUGUUUCAGAAGACCAAUAAAGACUGUAUUUUCCUA